UGUUGACUGAACAGUGAGAAUGGAGGAGAGGAGAGAACCCACGGGUGGUAAUUUUAAUGGUGGAUUUAAGGAAUUCAUUUGUGAAGAAGACUUCCACGAUGAAGAGCAUCCUCCUCAUCAUCAAUCUAACAGGCACCAAGUGUCCAUGUUCACUAUGAGUCCUGGGAGAAGUCACAGACUGGCUGCAGUGAGCCUGGCCCUACUCGCUGCUGUUUUGCUGAUAGUUGAUAUUGGCCUGGGAGUCCAUUAUAACAAACUCACAGACACUCACCUCACGCUCGAUGAUACCGAACGCAUCAGCAAAGAGCUCAUCAACCUCCAGGAUACUUACAAGACUGCAGUGGAAACCAUGAAGGAUGCCAGCAAGCAGCUGGACAGUGAGAUGAGCCGUCAGACACAAACCAACUGGGAGUUUGAACACCAGACAAAAAGAUGCAAUGACUAUAAAAGUCAGAUGGAAAAAAUCACAAAGGAAAUUGAAACUUCAAGAUCACGCUUGUCAAUGCAAAACGAUGGCUGCAAACACUGUCCUGCAGGAUGGAUUUUAAUGAACUCUGUAUGUUACUACUUCUCCUUGAAAUCAAAUGAAAUCAAAACAUGGAAGGAAUCCAGAGAUUUCUGUCAGCUGCAGGGAGGAGAUCUUAUAAUCAUAGACAGCCAAGACAAAGAGAACUUGACAGUAAAUUUCCUAAUAAAUCAUCAAGAUGCCUCCCAGCUCUCGACAGACUUCUGGAUCGGACUGAGUGAUUCCGAGGAGGAAGGGACUUGGAAAUGGUUGGAUGGAACAUUUCUUGUUCAAGGGUACUGGAAUGAUGGAGAGCCGACCAAUCUCAAUGAUGAAGACUGUGCAGCCUUGUAUCCCAGAGUAAACUUCUUCAAAGCUUGGAAUGAUGUUAGAUGUGGAGUCAGAAGGAAAUGGAUUUGUGAAAAAGCACCAGAAUCCAUGAGCUAAAAUGGCUAAUAAGGCAUACAGUCUUAGAUAUGUAAAUACUAUCACACAAAUCACUACAAGUAUUUAAUUAUCCAAUAUUCUUUAAAUCAUCCAAUUAACAUGUAUAAGGUGGUUUCACUUUGUCUUCACUUUGUUUUCUGUACCUCUCACUGUCUCUAUCGCUCUCUCUCACACACACGCACGCAUGCACACACAGAUCCUACUGAUUUUCACGC